AUGGAAGAUAUCACAGACGAAUUCAAUUCGCUUGAAAAUUUCAAUUACCCGGAGGAGUUUCUGGAAAUGUUGUGCCCCUCUCAUAGCCGCCAUCAAAUGCGCUGUUCUGGUGGCUCUGAGGCUCCAACUAGUGAUGAUCAUUUAUCCGUUAAUGAAGAACCCGAAGAAGAGCCCUAUCGUGCUCAGCCUCCUUCAAGUCUGCAUUUGCAUAUAAGAAAAUUUAUUCCCUAUCUGAGACAAGGAUUACUUUUUAUCUGCUGGCUGACUUUUUGCUAUGCUUUGAUGUUGUACGAGGAACAUGAGAAUGAGCCGGGUUUGGUGAGUGUACCCUCAGAGCAGGGUUAUACAUACAAAAUCAAUGGCGAUUUGCAAAGAGCAGGUUUGGUGGUGCAACUCAGGGGACCCUUUAGUAAGGAGACAUUUCAAGAAAUACAAGGACCAGCAGAAACAAGCCAUAAGCCGUAUCUGGGCUUUGUAUUACAAGAGUUAAGCAAAGACAAAGGACACAUGAGAAAUAUGUCACAUAUCCAUCAUCUGGUUUUAACAAAAGAAGCAAACAUAGGUGACUUCUCAAUGAUGCCAAUAGAACACUUCAUUGGCAACCUUUUCAUGAACCAUGCCAUCAACGAUUACCAAUUGCUCUUCUUUACCAAUCUCAAUGAGACUUUGGCUAUGGAAUUCUCUGCCAACACCACAAAUUUGGCUAAAAAGACUCCCUUAAUUUGGAUCCUUCUCCUGUUCGCGCUCAUCUAUAUAAACAUUAUGUUGGAUUUGCUGCAUCGCACCUUUGCCGCCCUGAUCUGCAGUUCUCUGGGCAUUGCCCUUAUAGCCGCUGUACAUUUGAGACCUCGCUUGGAUGCAGUUUUCCAAAAUAUUGACUACGAAGUUAUUAUGGCCUUCUUUGGCAUUUCUCUUAUCAUGGAGAUGUUGGCUGAGACCGGUUUGCAGGACUAUUUGGCCGCCUUGAGCUACGAAAUGGCCAAUGGGCAUAUAUGGCCUCUACUCAACUUCCUCUUCCUUAUCUCCUGCACCAUGGCAGCUGUAUUUGAUGGCCUUACCCUAAUGCUCUUUUUGGCCCCCAUCUGCCUUAGACUGUGCGAAAUCAUGCAUUUGAAUUGUACUCCCGUUCUCAGUUGCCUAAUGGUGGCCAUCAAUGUGGGUUCCGUUUUGACUCCCAGCAGCUCGGUGACCAAUUAUCUCAUAGCCAAUCACAAGGACUUGCCCCAGCAUCAAAUCACAUUUGGAAAUUUCUUAGCGCACAUGUUUCCGGUAACCUUGCUGACCUUGGCCCAAUCCUACAUACAUUUGAGAUUGCUCUUUGGAAAUUCAGCACAGAUUGGCACCAAGGAACCUUUGCAGUUGGAGAGAUUGAAACGCUUGACACGUGUGUGGCGCAAGGUCUCAGAUCGCAUGGGUGGCUAUUCGCUAGAUGAACGUGCAGCCAAAGCCACUGUGGAUACUCGUGUGAGAAAUUUACGCAAGCGCCUUAAACGUUUGGGUAGAAUGCCAGAACCAGUCCAGGGUUUUGAGGAGAAUGUACAGAAAUUGCGCAAAAGUUUUCCGCUUAGAAAAAUACCUCUAAUGGUGGCCUGCCUAGUGGCCCUAGCUUUCUUUUUAUUAUUUCCCCUGCUCCAGAUGAUGACCAGUGCGGUGCUGAUGCCCAUUGGCUGGAUAGCCAUUCUGGGAGCUCUACUAUCAUUGAGUCUAUGCAACUAUGGGGAUAUAGAAGGAGUUUUGAGUCGCAUCGAUUGGGCAACCAUGCUGUUUCUAGCCUGUGUUUCCAUUCUAAUGAAUGUUCUGGUGAAAUUGGGCUUUCUGGAAUUCAUUGGUCUUGGUGUGGAGCAGUUGCUAUUGAAAACCCAAGCAAAACAUCAUUUAACAUGGGCCAUUCUGUUGACAUUGGGAAUUACUGCUGGCCUAUCCCUUCUGAUCAACAAUGUACCCGUGGCAAGCUUAAUGAUCCCUGUAUUGGUGACACUGGCUCGUAACGAAUCUUUGAAUCUCUCCCUAAUGCCUUUGGUGUGGUCUUUGGCCUUAGGCUGCUGUUUGGGCGGUAAUGGUUCCCUAUUGGCAGCUGUUGUGAAUGCCGCUUGUGCAGGCGUGGCCUCCAAGCAUGGAUAUGGUAUUUCCUAUUUUGGUUUUCUGAAGAUUGGAUUUUUUGUCAUGUUGGGAAAUAUUGCGGUGGCUUCAUGUUAUCUCUUGUUGGCUCAUGUGGUAGGACAUUGGCAUUGA